AUGCAUGCAGACAAGCUGGAUAUCGAGGGUCUCCUCAAGGAGUCCAAGGCCGAGUACAGACAGCUGGGAAAGAGCGGCCUGCGUAUCUCAGUACCGAUCUUUGGCUGCAUGUCCAUUGGCUCAAGCAAGUGGCAGCCAUGGGUAAUCGAGGAGGAAGAAGCACUCCCUCUACUGAAAGCUGCAUGGGACCGCGGACUCACAACCUGGGAUACUGCAAACGUCUACUCCAACGGCGUCUCCGAGGAGAUUAUCGGCAGAGCAAUCAAGAAGUACUCCAUACCCCGCAACAAACUUACCAUUUUAACAAAGUGCUUCGGCACCGUUGGUGAAGACCCUGGUCUACGCUCCAUCAAAUAUGCGGAGGAGAUGCCGCAGCUCAAAGACUACACAAACCACAUCGGCCUUUCGCGCACCGCGAUUCUCAACGCCGUCAACGCCUCGCUCGCGCGCCUCGACACGCCCUACAUCGACCUCUUGCAAAUCCACCGCUUCGACGAGACGGUGCCGGUCGAAGAGACAAUGGAGACUUUACACGAUCUGAUCAAGAGCGGGAAGGUGCGCUACAUCGGCGCGAGCAGUAUGUGGGCAGUGCAGUUUGCGUCGAUGCAGUUUGCUGCCGAGAAGCGGGGCUGGACCAAGUUCGUGAGCAUGCAGAACCAUUAUAAUCUUCUGUAUCGCGAGGAGGAGAGGGAGAUGAAUCGGUUCUGCAAUAUGACUGGUGUUGGACUGAUCCCGUGGGCGCCCCUCUGCCGCGGCCACCUCGCACGCCCCGCCUCGGCCUUCGGAUCCACUAAGCGCUCGGAAGGCGAAAAAGAAGCAGCUGAGCAGCAGACUGGGCAUACAGAGGCGGACCAUAGGAUUGUUCAGAGGGUCGAAGAGCUUGCAAAUAAGCAUGGUUGGAAGAUGAGCCAUGUGGCGCUCGCCUGGAUCAAUAAGCGCGUCACCAGCCCGAUCAUCGGGUUCUCGAGUGUCGACAGGAUGGACGAGGCGCUGGAAGCGAGGGGAAAGUUUCUGACGGUGGACGAGGAUAAGUAUCUGGAGGAGUUGUAUGAGAGCAGGAGGAUUGUGGGACAUUCGUAG